CUUCCGCUGUCUAUUCUAUCCACAGUCUACACUACCAUAUAUGCACCUACCGAAUUGGUAACACUUAGCUUUCACUUCUCUGUCUCACGCUUACUUUGUCCUCUCUACUUAAUAAAGAUGCAAAGCUGCUUGGCAGCAGCAUGUGAGAGAGAAUCACAUUUUUGUUUUCCACAUUUUCCUACUUCGAUUUUUUUUUUUUUUAUUGAUUCUUUUUGUUUAAUCCAAAUCUUAUCUAGAUCCCUCACUUCCAUUAGCAUAUCAAUCAUCAAACCCACGCAAAACUAGUACACAGACAGACUCAUGGCUUUGCAGGAAGAAGGGUGGCCUCUUGGUCUAAGGCCAGUGAAUGCAAGAGUUGGAUUUGUCAGAAAUCGAGAUUUUAAUGGAUCAAUUUCUUUUAGUACUCUGCUUACUGGCUCUCCUAGCUCCUUCACUGAUUCUACCUCAGAUCUUGAUACGGAGUCCACUGGAUCUUUCUUCCAUGACAAGAGCAUAACACUUGGGAGCCUGAUUGGAGUUUCUAGCAUUUUAGAGCUCUCGCGAAGAUCAACCAGGAGAAGAACAGCAGAACCCUCAAGAGAUCAAAAGAAUAAUUGCAAGCCAAAAACAUGGUUGCUCUCACUAUGCUCGAAGCUAAGCACUGAUGCUGUUAAAACUGACAAUGUUUCUUCACUUGGUCACUUUCUUGAAGUAGAGAGAAAAACAGAUGACAUUCACAGAAGAAAUAGCUCAAUAUUAUGUGGACCUGAUGAUUUCUCUCCAGUUCUGCUUAAUUCAGAUCAUAAUUCCCUGUUUGUCGGUGAUCAGAUUGCUCCUGCACAAUCGAAUGCUUCAAGGGAGAUAGCUGCGAGGAGAAGACCCAACACAGAAUUAUUAGAACAUGGCAAUGGGAAUGGUUAUGGAGCUUCAUUAUUGUUGUCAUGUUUGUGUGGAGUGUGGAGAACUCAUUGAAUGACGACUUGUUGUUAAACAUUCUUCAUAUUUCUUUAUGUUGAAAAUGGCAUAGGAAAAGUGCAAUGUUAUUCAUUUUUGAGCUUGAUUUUAUUUUUUUUUAAUUAGAAUUGACUUAAUAAUUCAUCCAACAAA